AUGCUCAAAAGAUUGCGCCGAAGCAGCAAGGCGGAAGUCCAACAACGACCCGAAGACGCAUCCUCAGCCGCCACAGUCGCCACCCAAACCAAGCAGAUCAACUUCUUUUCCCUCCCAGCAGAGCUACGAAACGACAUCUACGAACUCGCAGCCCACGACUCAACACUCCAUCUCUUCAACCCAUCCACGGCAAAAUCCAAACUCAAACCAAUCCCAGCCCUCCUCCUCGCCUCUCGCCAAACCCGUAUCGAAUAUCUUCCCAUCCUCCUCUCCACUGCAAGCAUCAAAGCCACAGUGACAGACUUCAACUUCAAAACUUUGCAGAGUGUGUUGAGCUCGCUAUAUAGCACCGAGCAGAAAGCGUUGAGAUCAAAUAACCAUUUGACCAUUGUCCUGAGGUUCAAGAAAUGCAGCGAUGAUGCUUAUGCGAAUUUACGCCGCUGGACGACGGAUCGCGCCAGCAGCCUUGAUAAAAUUGCCUGGCGGUAUCGGGCGGAUCAGACUGCUGAGCCGAAGGUGCAUAGAUGGUAUGCGGAGAGGUGCCGGGUGCUUUAUGGGAGGGUUGAGGCCGAGGGUGUCAAGUGGGAGGUUCGACGUGUUAGUGAGGCGCUGGAAGCGGACCUUAAGCCUUUCAUGAGGACUGUGGUGGCGAUGGUUGCGCAGGGAGAGCUUGAGAGGGAGCAGGCGGGAGAGGGGUGGGUUAAUGGCUUUGGGGACGACUUCAUUAUGAUGGCGGCUACGAGGAGAAGAAGAGAGUAA